AUGCGAGAAACUGGAAGAAAUCCCAAUGCUACAGCCUUGAUUUUCAAUACCUUUGACGCCCUGGAGAUGGAGGUUUUGGAUGUAGUCAAGUCUCAGUUGCCACUGCCGCCUGUUUACACCGUUGGUCCUUUUCAUUUACUCCUCAAUCAGUUUCCUUUAAGUGAGUCGCAUUUUCUUCGAUCAAAUAUGUGGAAAAAAGAUACAAAGUGUCUGAAAUGGCUUGAUUCCAUAGAACCUAACUCAGUUGUGUAUGUGAAUUUUGGCAGCCUCACUGUUAUGACAACUCAACAAUUUGUUGAGGAACUAGCCAAUAGUAAGUAUACUUUCUUAUGGAUCAUAAGGGAUGAUCUAGUAGUUGGUGAGUUGGCUUCAUUGCCAGCUGCAUUUACAGAACAAACUAAAGAAAGAGGACUACUAGUAAGUUGGUGCCCACAAGAAGAUGUCCUGAAUCACGCAUCAAUAGCUGGAUUUUUGACACAUUGUGGUCGAAACUCAACUCUCGAAGGCUUGAGUUGUGGGGUUCCGUUGAUCUGCUGGCCGUUAUUUGGAGACCAGCAAACAAACUGCAGGUACUCAUGUAACCACUGGGAGGUCGGUAUUCAGAAAGAUCAAGUUGAGAGGUUGGUGAGAGAGUUAAUGGAAGGAGAGAAAGGUAAGAAGAUGAAGAAAAUAGUCUUGGACUGGAAGAAAAAAGCGGAGGAAGCCGCUUCACCUGGUGGUUCCUUUUAUGCUAUUAUAGACAAGAUUAUAAGCGAAAUACUUGGUAGCAAAAUUAGAGACCAGUUUACCAAAUGA